UUGUAUUCAAAUAAAUCUUAAAUCUUAUUUAACAUAAUUUUCAGUAAGAGGUGAAGAUAUUAUAGGAUAUUACUUGGCGUUUAUUUUUCAUAAAACAAGAUGUUCUAUUCCCACCUCCCUUGUGCUUUGAUUGGUCCAUAGACCUAGCAAUAAGUUCCGGCCACCAAUCGGCGUUAAGAAGUGGGAUCUUGUUGAUGACGUUCGUCACUGCAUGCCGGAAGAGAGGUCGCAUGUGUUGACCAACCUCUACUGCUCCGUGGAUGAGGUUUAAAGCCCAUGUUGGGUAAUAAACAGGUAAAAAAAAACGGCGUAGAAAUGUCUAAGGACUGUUAACUGAGAUCUUCCGGACUUUAAAUACCACUUGUCUCGGAUAUUUUAAUGAGCAGAUGCCGUAUUUAGCAUGAAUAGCUUCCAUGUGAGGCUCUGUAGGCUGCUGGUUGUGAAAGGCAGAGCUCUAUCUGCUGCUGUGACGGUUUCACGCCGUGAUUCUUCUCCCCACCGGAGUGUUUUCCACUUUUACCGGUCAAUGGCGACCUUUGGGGAUCCGUUUCCAGCGAAGAGGCCGCAGAAGCAGACGCUGCGCCGGGUGAAGACCAAGGAGAGCCGCAGCAAGCGGGGAGACGUUCACGGACCGUCCACCGUGUACGUGCAGGUGGUCGGUGCCGGAAGCAGGGACAGCCCUGCGUCGCUUUACGUCUUCUCUGAGUUCAACAGGUACCUCUUCAACUGUGGAGAAGGAACCCAGAGACUCAUGCAGGAACAUAAGCUGAAGGCUGCUCGGCUGGAUAACAUCUUGCUGACCCGACUGAGCUGGGAGAAUGUUGGAGGUUUAUCAGGGAUGAUAUUAACCUUAAAAGACACCGGCGUGCCCGAGUGUGUGCUUUCUGGACCUCCACAGCUAAGGAACUAUCUGCAUGCCAUCAAGUCCUUUUCUGGCCCUCUGGUAGACAUCAAGCUGUCCGUUCGACCGUACACUGAAGAGAUGCACCGAGAUGAAACCAUGACUGUGUAUCAAGUGCCAAUAUUUGCCAAGUCAAGGAGCGACAGAGGAAGAAAUUCAUCCAAGUCUGAUAGAAGCAGCCUGGCCCAGAGUUCUCCAAAGAGAGAUGGAUUUCACCAUAACGGCAGAGUAGAUGAAUCAGGUGAAAGACGUGUAGCAGCUAGAGAUACGUCGCUGGUGAUCGCCUUUGUGUGCAAGCUUCAUCCCAAGAAAGGAAACUUCUUGGUUGCUCAAGCCAAAGAGCUCAGACUGCCUGUCGGAACAGCGGCUAUUGGUCCUCUCAUCACAGCUUUAAAAGAUGGAAAAACCAUCGUGCAUGAUGGAAAAGAGAUACGACCUGAGCAGGUUUGUACUCCCACUGACCCCGGGCCGGUCUUUAUCGUAGUCGAGUGUCCGUCUGAGGAGUUUAUCGAAGGUGUUUGUACCAAUCAGCCGCUGAGAAGAUACCAGACUGGAGGGGCAGAGGAUUCAGCUGUGCUGGUUGUCCACAUGACUCCAGAGUCUGUUCUGGAAACGGAUCAGUACAAAGAAUGGAUGGAGAGGUUUCCAUCCACAACAGAACACCUGGUCCUCAAUGAACAGGUCUGCACAGUCCAUAACAUCCGAAGUCACAAGAUUCAGACUCAGCUCAACAUGAUUCAUCCAGAGAUCUUUCCAGAACUUAAAGCCUACAAAGCAAAGCAACCACAGGCUGCUUUGCACGUCCCAAACGUCCGAGCCGAGUGUCUGCUCAAGUUCCAGCUCCGACCCGUCAUGGAGUGGCAAAGAGACGCCGUUUCCUCCUGCAGCUCGGAGGAGUUUGUGAAAGAAGCUUCCGAGGUUACAAACUUUCUGGAAGAAGUGGAAAAAUGCAGGAGAACUUGUUCAGCAGAAGAGCGAGAGCUUUCUGUUCCAGGUGACAAACACCCAGAGGUGGUCUUUUUAGGAACGGGGUCGGCUCUUCCGAUGAAGAUCAGAAACGUCAGUGGCACUUUAGUGAACAUCAGUCCGAGUCAGUCCCUGCUGUUGGAUUGUGGAGAGGGAACCUUCGGUCAGCUCUGCAGACAUUAUGGAGAUGAUGUGGAUGACGCUUUAUCCAAGAUCUCCACUGUCUUCAUCUCACACCUGCAUGCAGACCAUCACACAGGUCUGAUAAAGCUGCUGUACCAGAGACAACGGGCGCUGGCCAGCUUAGGAAGGCCCUUCAGCCCCAUCUACUUGGUGGCUCCAGCUCAGAUCAUGGCGUGGCUCGGACAGUAUCAUGAUUACUGUGAGGAGAUCCUCAGUCAUUUCAAUCAUAUCCCCAACAGAUUUCUGUGUGAUGAUGCUGAGGUGUCCAAACCAAAGACUCACUCGUUCAUCCAGGCCAUGCUGAAAAAGAACAACCUGGAGGAGUUCCGGACGUGCGGUGUGCGCCACUGCAAGAAUGCCUUCGCCUGCAGCUUUGUGCACCAGUCAGGCUGGAAGCUGGCCUUUUCUGGAGACACCAUGCCCUGCGACGCAUUCGUAAAUAUCGGAAAGAAUGCAACUUUAUUGAUCCACGAAGCCACACUGGAGGAUGAGCUCGAGGAGGAAGCUGUUGAGAAAAGACACAGCACGACCUCGCAGGCCAUCGGCAUCGGCAUGAAGAUGAAUGCUGACUUCAUCAUGUUGAACCACUUUAGCCAACGCUACGCCAAGAUCCCACUCUUCAGUGAAGACUUCAGUGACAAAGUGGGAAUAUCCUUCGACCACAUGAAAAUCUGCUUCAGAGACUUUAAAAUCCUCCCUAAACUCAUUCCUGCACUUAAGACCCUCUUUGCUGAAGAGCUCGAGGAGAUGGAGGAGAGAAGAGAGAAGCGGGAGCUGAGAAAUCCAAGAGGAAGCUCCAACGAGGUGGUCAGCGAGCAGAAGAUGUUCAGAAGGUCCGAGGUUGAAAGAGGAGCAAAGAGAGACCAGGAGGAGGAGACGGUGAUGCACAGCAUAGACACAAAGAGGCUGAAGACCAGCUGAUUCAUCCAGAGAAAUGGACUUUGCAUGAGAGCAUACUGAAUUAAUUUAUAUUUAUAAGAAGUUGAGAUUUUUAUUUGACAAAACAGAAUAAGUUUUCUUGUGAUGCCUCCUAAAAUGUAAGCUCUGAAUUUAGUUUGGUUUUAUUGAACAGAAUAAAGCAAGUUCACACCAAA